GCUAUCACUUUGCCGAUAAACAAUAUUCAAUUAUAUUCAUGCAACAUCUUAAUUAAUCCAUGUUGGGUUCGGAAUUUCAGGACCCUUGUAGCAUUGACGGCUUUUCAUUGGAUUUUGCGGAGACCCGACUAGGCGAAUCAAUCCAUCCAUCCAUCCAUCCUUCCGUCCAUCCUCCGGUCCCUGUGGAAUUUUUCUUGGAAAAUCAACCUUUGGAAUAAGAUCGAAAUGGAAGCUUUGAACAAUCACGUUCUGUAUACCCCGACGAAGCCAGCGAAAUUGGUCCACUCCAAGGAUUUGGUGAAAGGCCAGCGUUACCCUCUCCGAAAGAUGCUACGCGUCGAUACCAAAUACGGAGCGAGCAUCCUGGCCUACAUCACCAUCGGUGGUGAGAAGUGCAAGGUCUACCUACCGAAAUCCUACAACGCAACGAUCUCCGAUGCGGAUCUAGAGGAGCUCAACUCGAGAAGACUCGACUUGGUCAUGGUAGAUCAACACUUUGCGACUUUCAAAUUUGAAGUCGUGGACAGCCUUGACGAACCGGAGUCGGAAGCCCAAGCUUCGUCUAAAGCCGCACCAUCAUCAUCAAAAGCCUAAGGAGAGCGUGG